UGUGCCUUUUUUGUGAUCUACAUACUUUUUUUACUCUGCUUUAUUCUGUUUUUUUAUAACUAACAUUCAUAACUGCAUUCUCUUUUGUCUUUGUAUAGAUUUUCAGUCAUACGAACAAGCGCUGAUCUUUCUUAUUCAUCUUCAUGUAAUAAGGAAUUUAUACAGGGAGCAGAAUGACAACUAGUAUCGAAAACUAUUCACGAGAAGAAGCUGUAACUGAUAUUUUAUUAAUCAGGUUACCUGCGAAAUCAUUGUUGCGAUUCAAAUGUGUAUGUUCAAGUUGGCGUGAUCUUAUUAAAAGCGAAAGUUUUAUCAAGAAGCACUAUGAUUGUGAGAGUAAUCGUCCUCGUCUCUGGAUUUGUAAAUUCGGUGUUAACUAUACGCUAUCGCCCCCUUUAAGAGCUCUUACGUGCUUCUUGUUGCCUGAUAAAUUAAUUAACGGCAUUGUCCCUACCAGUCAGAGGGUGUACCGUUGCGAAGAUGUUGAUGAUUUCAGAGGACUUUAUGGUCCAGUUAAUGGAUUGAUCCUGUUAAUGAAAGGACAUUAUCUAUGUAAUGUUCGUUUUGCUUGGUGGAACCCUGCUAAUAAAGAAUGUAGGAUUAUUCCUAUAGUUGAAUUUGAGCUUGAACGAUUCUUCGAUGAGCAUGAUACUGUAACUGCGGUAGGGUAUGAUGCUGUGAGCCAAGACUACAAAGUCCUAAGUCUUCGAGUGUACACGAAUGAACAUAAAAGAGAGAUUCAUCCAAGGACAUUUGGUGCUGUUUAUUCGAUGAACAACGACUCCUGGAAGCACAUUGAGCCUAAUUUCCAUUACAACGAUGCCUUGUAUGAGUCCCAGGGUUGCACUCAUAUAGACGGGGUCUAUUACUGGUUAUGCCUUAUCAGAGGCGUUGGCUAUGUUUUAUCAACAUUUGAUUUCACAACGGAAACGUUUGGGCAAAUGGAAGGACCACCAAUUCCAAAAAAUCAUUGGGGGACUCUAAUGAUGCGCGUUGGAUCUCUUGCUGCAAUGUCUAGUGACCAACUGUCAGAAUCUGAAACGUCUUGUUACGAUGUAUGGGCUAUGAUCGGAGAGAAUAAUUGGAUCAAAAUCAAUACAGUAAUUCUGCCUAUGAGAUGUCAUUCGCCUCUUGGCAUGUGGGGCUAUGAUAAGUACAUCUUUGAAUUGAAUCGAGCUUACAAUUUGGCGUAUUAUGACUCCACAGCUAAACAAACUACAAAUUUUGGUUUACAUAUGACUGAAGGAUGCUCUGGUAGUGUUUAUGCUAUUAGUUAUAAAGAGAGUUUAGUACCAAUAAACAGAGAAAAUUCAACUGAGGAGGAUACUGUUGAAUACUUCUUGAUAACGUUUUAAACAUUCUUCUUGUUCGAUCGCCUAGAUUUGGUUUCGUUUUGUAGUCGUUCACAAAAUUAUUCAAACUUAGCUUUUAGAUGAAGCAGUCACAUUGUUAGUUAGUGAACGUAUGGCACAAAAGUUUAUUAAAUUAUGUUUAUGAUUUAUAUGAAAUAUAUGUAUGCACUUGUUUUUCCUCUAA